GAAAAAUUGCCUGAGCUGUCAGAUGUUUUAAACGACAGAUAAAUUACGUGUCAAUAUAGGGCAGUUUAAAUAUUUUUUUACAACAUAUUUGAUGUUAGAUCUCCCGUUAAACUUGAACAAUUGUGAUAGUUUUCCCAUGUCCAGGAAAAGGACAAGAAGUUAUUCAGAGGAUAUGAAUUCGUUACAUUUACCUACACAUCUACCGCAAUUGUCGUCGACUUGCGGUCCGGCUCUGUUCAGCGACGAACCGGAAGCGAUGAGAAUACGAGACGCAUGCGAUUACUCUCAAAAAAUUACGUACGAAAUAGCAAAAAGCGGACGAGCGCCUCGACGGAUACGAGUCUACGCCGACGGUAUAUACGAUUUAUUUCAUCAAGGCCACGCCAGGCAAUUAUUACAAGCAAAAAACGUUUUCCCCAACGUUUAUCUUAUCGUUGGAGUUUGCAGCGACGCCAUGACGCACAGCAAAAAAGGUCGUACCGUAAUGAACGACGAAGAACGUUACGAAGCCUUAAGACAUUGUCGAUACGUGGACGAAAUAGUCCGCGACGCGCCAUGGGAAUUGAACGAAGACUACGUCAAAGCGCACAAAAUCGAUUUUAUAGCCCACGACGAUAUACCGUACGAAUCGCAAAAUAGCAACGACAUAUACGCACCCUGGAAAGCGAAAGGCAUGUUCGUGGCGACCGAAAGGACGGAGGGCGUAUCGACGUCCGAUAUCGUCGCUAGGAUAGUGAGAGAUUACGACAUAUACGUAAGAAGGAAUUUGGCGCGAGGAUAUUCGGCCAAGGAUUUGAAUAUAUCCUACCUCAGCGAAAAGAAGAUUCGGUUGCAGAAUAAGAUGCACGAUUUGAAGGAUAAAGGACGAAGAGUAUUGGAUACUAUAGGAGAACGUAAGGACGACAUGAUAGCGAAAUGGGAGGAAAAAUCCAGGGAAUUCAUCGAGAAUUUUUUGUUGUUGUUCGGUAGGGAACGUCUAUCGAACAUAUGGAACGAAAGCAAAGAGAAAAUAUUGAGCGCUCUGAGUCCCCCGGUAUCGCCGCAUCCGCCCGCCAGUCCUACCUCUAGCGACGACGAAUUCGAUUUUUCCGAAGACGGUAUGCCGCCGCCUAUCAAAUCUCAACGCAUCGACGAUUCGACGCCGCCUUCGUCGUCGUCGACGUCGAGAAAUAAUUAUUACAGCGUCGACGAUUAUAGCGACGAAGAAGACGUUUCGAUACCGAUGAAAAACGGGAAGUUAUAACUGUUUCGAAUAUAUAUGUAUAUAUAUUUUUCUUUUGUUGAUUUUAAUGAAAUUUUGAAAAAUUCGUUAGUGGUUUUAGAUGAUUGUGAUCCGUUCUCGCGGCUUUAUACGCCAUUGUAUUUUUAUUUCGAAUUGCGUCGAAAAGUCGAUGAGAUUUUGUUGUACGAAACGUUGGCGCGGUUAAAUUAUUGAAUGUGUGAAAUUAUUUUACCAAAAUUUUUAUUUAUUUAUUGAAUAUUUGAUUGUUUCGGUUGUCCGUCCGGUGAUUAUGCUUUUCAGACGAGGAUUAUGCAAAAUUACCUAUGAAAUAUGCAUAAUUACCGAUGAAAUGUGCGAAGUUACCGAUGAAAUAUGCAAAAUUAUCGAUGAAAUAUACGGAAUUACCGAUGAAAUAUGCGAAAUUACCGAUGAAAUAUACGAAAUUUCCAAUGAAAUAUGCGAAAUUACCGAUGAAAUAUGCAAAAUUAUCGAUGAAAUAUGCGAAAUUGCCGAUGAAAUAUACGGAAUUACCGAUGAAAUAUGCGAAAUUGUUGGUAAUUAUGCAUAAUUACCGAUGAAAUAUACGAAAUUACCGAUGAAAUAUGCGAAAUUACCGAUGAAAUAUGCAAAAUUAUCGAUGAAAUAUGCGAAAUUGCCGAUGAAAUAUACGGAAUUACCGAUGAAAUAUGCGAAAUUGUUGGUAAUUAUGCAUAAUUACCAAUGAAAUAUGCGAAAUUACCGAUGAAAUAUACGAAAUUCCCAAUGAAAUAUGCGAAAUUACCGAUGAAAUAUGCGAAAUUACCGAUGUUAUAUGGAUAAUUGUCGUUAAUUGGGUAAAAUUGUCGAUGAAAUAUGCAAGAUUACCAAGGAAAUAUGCGAAAUUACCAACCAAAUUUGCAGAAUUACCGAUGAAAUAUGCAAAAUUAACGAAAAAAUAUGCGAAAUGACUGAUGAAAUAUGCGAAUUUGUCGGUAAUCAUACAAAAUUAACGAAUUUCAUGUGUAUAAUUACAGUUUAAAUAUGUACAACCAAGUUCCUUGUUGAGGUAAAUGUCAAAAAUUCGACAUAAUCGUCGAAAAUUAUUGAUAAUAUCUGUUAAUAACCAGAUUAAUUACGAAAUAUGGAUAAUUACCGACAACUACGUAUAAUUACCGUCGAUUAUGCAUAAAGACCGAUAGAAUAUGCAAAAUUACCGGAUAAAUCGUCGUAAAUAUGCAUAUAUUACCGACUAAAUACACAUAAUCACCGGGAAUUGCCGCCGAUUGUUCUUCAUUUCAGACAGAACAUCCAAAAUUACCGAUAUAUAAUUAUCGACAAAAUAUGCACAAUGACCGACCACUACGAAUUAUAACAGACGAAAUAUUUAUUCAAUAUAAUCGCACAUUCUCUCAGUAAAUUUAAUUUAUGCGACAUAAUCAUCGAUAAUUACACAUCAUUAUUGACGAUUGUGCAUAUGCACCGAUAAAAUAUGCUUUAUUACUGGCUUAAUCACAUUUAAUUUUAUGGAAAAUGUAGAUAAUCGGUAUUUAUGCAUAUUUUGUCGGUAAUUCUUCAUAUUUUGUUGGUAUUUAUGAAUAUUUUGGCGGUAAUUUUGCAUAUUUUGUCGGUAAUUCUUCAUAUUUUGUUGGUAUUUAUGAAUAUUUUGUCGGUAAUUAUGCAUAUUUUAUCGGUGUUUAUGCAUAUUUUGUCGGUAUUUAUUCAUAUUUUGUCCGUAUUUAUGCAUAUUUUGUCAAUAAUUUUGCAUACUAGAACGGUAAUUUUUUAUACUUGUUGGUAGUUUUGUAUAUUUUGUCGGCAUUUUGGCAUAUUUUGUCGGAAAUUUUACAUUUUUCGUCGGUAAUUUUGCAUAUUUCUUCUGUAAUUCCACAAAAUUACCGACAUUUUUGCAUAUUUCAUCGGUAAAUUCGCAUAUGCCGUCAGUCAUUAUGCAUAAUUACCGGACGAAUUAUAUUCACCGUAACUUUUAUAUACAUUGUUUCUUGAUUAGAAUAAAAAAAAAAUUAUUAUGUAUUUUUGUGUACCGAUCAACUUUUUUUCUUAAUACAGUAAAGCGGUUAUUUAAUAUUGUUUCCAAAAUAAAUUUCGUUGCGAUUAUUUAUUUUUUGAGCGAUAUUAAAACCGUCUUACUUUACAA